AUGGUGCCGCACUGCUAUGAUCUCGAGGUAGCAGGUCAAUGGGUGUUAACAGUGGUCAGCUACUGGUUUCUAGGACUUCUUUUCUUGGCGGCCGACACGAGCAAAGCACUUUCGUGGAUGAGGAGGUACAAGGUACAAGCUAUGGAGACUAAGCCAACCGCUCAAAGUUUGGUUCCAGUGGUGCGGCAGGUGGUGUUCAAUCAAGUCUUCGUUCAGCUGCCCAUUAACGUCCUCUUCUACUGGGUGAAGGACUUGCGCGGCUUCGACCAAAGCCUGAGCCUGCCACCCUUGUCUCGAGCCGUGGCACACUUCGCCUGUUUUGUCGCGAUCGAAGAGGCGCUGUUCUACUACUCGCACAGGCUGCUGCACCACCGGUUGCUGUACCAACGCUUCCACAAGAAGCACCACGAGUGGACCGCUCCGGUGGCCAUCACGGCGGUGUACUGCACGCCGCUCGAGCACCUGCUCUCCAACGUUCUGCCCGUGGUGGUGGGGCCCGUGGUUCUCGGCUCGCACCUUAGCGUGCACUGGCUCUGGGCCGUGCUCACGGCGCCCUACGGCGUCAUCGUGCACUCGGGAUACCACCUGCCACUGCUUCCGUCGCCGCAGAUGCACGACUUUCACCACCUAACGUUCCGCGGAAACUACGGCAUUCUGGGAAUCCUGGACUGGCUGCAUGGCACGGACCGGGCCUUCAGACAGAGCGAAGCCUUCCCGAGGCAUCGGGUGCUGCUGUCAUUGAGGCCCGUCCACGAGCUGUAUCCGGACACAGGGGCAGCCAGACGCGACUCCCGGGCUGAAGGGCGAUCAACGACGCAGCCGCGCGGCUGACGCAGAAGCGAGCUCGUGUAUAUAUUUUCUCUUUCUUUGUCCAUUUGUGAUACCACUGCAUCUCGUACCCAUGAGAGUGGCUCGAAGACCUGGUAGGACAGCCUGCGGCAUGAUGCUUGAGAUGGCUUUUUGAUAAGAGAAAAGAGAAGGAGGAGAAAGAGAAAGGGAUCGCUGGGUGCGAUAGAACACAGGGUGUUCGCUCGUGGUCACCACUCUCAUUUGUGUGUUGAUGCACUUUCAUUUGAGCUCGUUCAUGUGCGUUAAAUUACUGUUAAGGUACCAGAACUAGUCAAGCAAUCAGGAAUGCCAGCAACUGUUAAAAUCAAUCAAUCAAUCAAUCAAUCAAUCAAUCAAUCAAUCAAUCAAUCAAUCAAUCAAUCAAUCAAUCAAUCAAUCAAUCAAUCAAUCAAUCACCACGACGGCCAUGGGUUUGUUUACUGUCAAAAGUGUGGCUGCACAUGUUUGUUUAAUGACUAUGAUUUUUGUCAGACAGAGAAAGGACGCACGUGAAAUUAUGGUGGCACAAUCUAUCAGGCGCACUGCUUAAAGAUGCGUUAGCACUGCUUCUGUCAAUAUUUUUUUUUAUAAAGAAACGGCCUCUUUUGUAAGGGGCAGCACGACGUUUUGAGCAGGAGUGGCGCGGUUGCGCAUCUUGUAUACAUGUAUAAGUUCUCCCUGGUAUAAACUGUGCAAAUCAGCGCAUCGUGGUCUAUACUUCUCUAUUUUGUGCUUGUCUGCUGGCGUUAUAAAAGAAAGAGAGAGAGAGCCUGAAGAAGGCAGGAAGGUUAACCAGAAGGCAAAAUCUGGUUUACUGCCCUAAACUGAGGAAGGGGGAUGGGGAGGCAAAUUGAUAGGAAAGUAGAAAUGCUACCCAAGUUCGUAUAUACCAAAGAGCCCAAUACGCAGCAGUGCUACAAGUCUUCACUUGCUUACACCACCCUAGUAAAUAGGUUUAGAUUUGCAACGCCUUCGCUGUAAGGAACACAUCAUACGAGGACAAAUCAGAAAGUCUUUGCCCCUAUUUUUCUUUGCCGGAUCACGGCUGCAAAUGCCAAAUCAACAUAUUCAUUCCCAGCGGUGGACUUUUCUUGGAUCCGCCCGGCCUUAGCUCCGCGGCAUGGCGCUGCUAUAAGUUGUUGAAGAUGGCGGUUAUGCUUCACACGUCCAAGGUGAACGAGCAACAAAGUGUGAUUCGUUUUCUAUGGAGCAAGGGACGAAUGCCCAUUGCAGUUCACAGCGAAAUGCAGUCCACGUAUGGGGAAAGGUGUCUCGCUUUCAGAAGUGUGAGGUGUUGUUGUUGUUAGUUCG